GCACGCAUUCACCUUUCAUUGUUGCAAGCCACAUUCUUUUCGUAUGUUGGGGGAAUGCGAUGGGUGAAAGCCUCCCCCCCUUUACGAGCAGGGGGGAGGGGGAAAUUGGACUCGGGCUACAAGCACGCUUACUCCAGGGAGUUUAACACUGCGGCGCCGGCUCCAAACUUGUUUGCAAACUGAAAAGGUUACAAUGCUUUUGAUUCCAGAAGGAGCAUUUCAGACACAAAGACAUAAGAGGUUUGGAAAAAGGAGGUGAAAAUUGUGCUUGAGGACAUAUUCAACACUUGAGAUAUAAAGCCCAGCCAGAAGAAGCAGCCAAUAAAUGCCCAAAGAAGGGAGGGAAGGCUUUAAGGCAGAAAGAUAAGUCAUUUUGUAACCUAGCUAAUCCCUCCCCAAUCCAAACUUGGCCUUUGCAAGGAAGAGUAAUGACGGACAUGAUGAGCCUUAAGGAGACUUCAACUCGUCAACUGAGACUUAAGCUGACCAGCUUGGGACGCCGCGUGGAUGAGCUGGAGGAAGCCACCAGAAGCCUCCAUCGGAUGGAGGAUGAGAUCAUGGACCUGCAGGACAAGGUCAUUCAGGCCGAAGGCAGCAAUUCCAGCCUCCUGUCCGAGGUGGACGUAUUGCGCAAGCGGGUCCUCGCCAUCGAGGGGAAGGAUGAGGAGGUCAGGAAGGCCGAAGACAUGUGCAGGAACUUGAAGGAGAAGUUGGAGGCAGAGGUUAAGCUGAGCAAAGACCUGAAGGAGGAGAUUGAGAAGCUGCAGGACAGAAUGGCUGAACUGGAAAAGUUGGAGGAGGCGUUUAACAGGAGUAAAUCAGACUGCACUCAGCUAGGUCUGAGCUUGAACGAGGAGAAGAACCUGACCAGGAAGCUGACGUCUGAACUGGAGCUACUCCGUGGCAGAGUGAAAGAGCUCGAGUCCUCGGAGAACCGGCUCGACAAAUCGGAAAAAUCCAUCAUCGAGGAGCUGGAGAAGUUGAAAUCUCUAACCGUCAUCCUAGCCGAGGAAAGAAAGGCCAUGAAUGAAACACUGCAGGAAAAUGAACAAGUUAUACAGGACCUGACAAUGAAAUUAGAAAUGAACAACAGAAUAAACACAGUGGAUCAAAGCAAGAACUCCUCAAACCUUAGGACGAAUGUCAAUGAGAAAACGUAUGGUUAUACAGGGGACAGAGGCGAUCUCAGAAUCGAGGAGAACAUGUCCACUGGCCUCUCCUCUAAAGGUAGCCUGGGAAAGGGAGGGCUAGACUCUCUGACUAUAACACACAAUGUUGAGCUCAGAAACAAAGAGAGCCAGGGAGGCCAAGAGGACAACAAGAUUAAGGAUCUCACUCAGGAAAUAGAAAGGUUGAAGAAACGCCUCACCUUCCUCGAGAUGGUGGAGGAAGACUUGAAGAAGACGGAGGCGAAGCACAAUGAGCUGCAGGAAAAGUUCCUGAAUGAGCAGUCGCUCGCCAAACUGCUGGGCAGUCAGAUUGAGGAAAUGAAGCAGCAGAUGUCGAGAGAGAAAGCCCUAGGAAAUGGUGAGACCACGCAACAGGAGGUCCGAACUAGGUCCCGCCAGGACAAACCAAAGUACAGGGGGCUCGCAGCCGAACCGCAGGUCCCCAAAGAUAAAUCUCAGGAGCUUUCAUCUCAGCCGAGGUCCCAGAGGGAGAAAAUGAGAAACCGAGACUUGCUGCUGGAGGAUGACAACGUGGGGAGGAGUUACAGGCGCCCUCUCAGUCCCAGUACCGGCAGGCGGUUCCAGCGGGCGUCUUCCAACCCAAGGGUGACGGCUGCCGUUGAGAAGAAAUCAGAAGAGAAGGUUUCUGUGCCCAGCUACGAACAGAAGGAUCAGGACCUGCUCCCAGAGAAAGUCAAGAAAAUGAGAGAGCCUCCGUCAGUGCUCAGUCGCUACCCUCCUGCGGCCAACGAGUCGAACGUGAAGAGGCCCUGGGGUGCUCACAGUAAGCAGAGUGUAAAUGGACCAAAGGGCAAACCGGACAGAGAUAAUGGGGACUUGGAGCAAUCUGCCCACUCAGACAGACAGAGGAAGGCACCGAACUGUGCAGAGGUGUCUGAGAAUGAGAAACCGGCCGCUCAGGAUGAGGGUAAUGACCCUGUGGAAGAGCCAGUGUCCACAACCACUACCCCUGCCCUUUUGAAUGGGACGGUGACCUCUUACAGGAAUCACUCGGCCUCCCCCUCUUCUUACACCGAGACCAAGAACUCCUUUGUGGUCGAGUUUGAGGUACCCCUGGCUACCGACAAUGAGCCCACGCCGGCAAAGCCAGCAGAGAAACCGCCCGCUGACCCGGAGGCCGUGACAGGAGCCACGCCAGUUACAACGAGGCCCCGUCGGUCGAAGUACUUGCAUUCCUCAAGGUCCCAGGACUUGGGGCUGGAGUACACCGCUGUGAAGUGUUGCCCAGAGGAAGAUCCACCGAGGUACAAGUGGGUUGAAGCCGCCACUGCGGAAGACGUCACUGUGAACCAAAAGGCAGGCCCAGAGCUGAAGAGGGUCUGCAGCCCCCGAGAAGGCCUACGAUCCAAAGCAAUCAUUAAGCCUGCUAUCAUCGCCAUAGAUAAGAAGGAAGUGAUGACAGCUAGAGUAGAGACGAGCACGGGGGAUCACCAGCUCUCUCCCAAAACCGUGCCAAAUAAAGUUACCAGCAGCAUUACGAUACUUCCAUCAGAGUUGUCUUCUCAGAGGACAAGUAGUGUUGCAGUGCCAAAGGAAAAGCAUACCUCCACCAGCAAUAUUACCAUAGGCUCGAGCGAGCCAUCCGUACAGAGGAGUAACAUCAGUAUUCCUUACGAGAUAUCCAUCCGCCGGAGCGAUAUCACCAUGAAGCCAUCGGAAUCGGACAGCAGCGAGGAAGAUGAGACAGAGUCGGUGUCCGGGGUUUCUGUUAGCAGCAGCGUUACAAUAAAGUCUUCCGAGGUUGCUGAUGACGAGAGCAGUGCCGCUUCCUACAGGUCGAGGAGGAGUCGGCUGGCCAACCACGCGGAGACUAAAAGUCUCUCCGUGGAUGCGCCGGAGAGGACCACCUGGAGAAACAGUCGCGCAGAUGCCUUGACCGACGCCGCUAAGCACGAAAAUGACCUCGGCCUGGACUACUCCAGGCUGACCCCACGGAGAACGAACAGCGGCGGGAGUGGGAUCUCGUCCGAGGGGUACACGAGGAGGCUGAGUAACUACUCAAAUUCCUCGGACACCGUGGAAUCCCGGAGAAGCCCGACGUCAGAUCCAAGCCGGAGCUACGUCAGUGUGACAGAAACGGUCACACGGAGGAAGCAGAAUGCUUCGGUGGCAUCCAAAGUGGCGGACUGGAACAACAGCUGUUCUCUGUCAGGGCAGGAAAGCUCAGACCUCCUCUCUGCACUCAACGCCAGCGUGAUGUCAAAGAGAAAGGAAAUGGCGAAGCAGAUCCUGUCAGACAUCGUCACGGAGAGGGUGCCGAGGACCGAAGCUGUGGGCAAGAGGCAAUCAGUGAAACUUGAACUGAGGAGGAAUCCUGAGAGCAAUCCUACCCAGCAGACCGGGGCCAAGACGGAGGACCGGACCCCUGUAGGUAUCCUCUCCCAAAUAAGGAUGACCUCAAGACGGUGAAGCUUAUGCUAUCGAUCUUCAAAGUCGCACUGCAGUUUUUAAUGUUGAUAAGGCACUGUACAAGCUUCUGCAAUAUAGGGAUCAUUUUCAUCCUGUACACUCUGUGAACUAAAGCAAUCAUAAUACACCUAUAUUUUUCUAGAAAUGAUCACGUUCAGAAGUAAUUCUGACAGCUGCUCGCAAUAGACAGGGAAGGCAACUGCAAUUAUUCAACUCAGGGGAAGGAGAGGUGGACCCUUCCACUGUCCUGGCACAGAAUGAGCCGAAGACAAUGCCUGUGAUAAAUUCACUGUGCCUGGGUGUAGAAGGACACUUAAAUCUGUGCCAUUACUUCUGGGAGAGGAGAAAAUCAGGAAAUCCAGAUUGUUGCAAUAGAGGCGAGUUCAGAGCCAGUGCAAUCAUCAUCGGUUACUUCCCUAGGUGAAAGUUGUACAAAUCUGCAUAUCUUAUUUGAAAGUUUAAAGAUAAGACCUCAGUAAGUAUUAAGUCUCCAGUGUAAAUCAGUGUGCUGAAUAAGCAGCCAGUAUGUAUAUAAUUGUUCUUUGUACUUGGUGAAAGUUUUCUUUUAACAGAAAAAAGUUUUUAAAAAGAAGUUUUUAAAAAAAUGAACCAGGAGUGACUUGGUAAAGCAGAAUAUGCAAGAGUACCACAAUCACCAGUUCAUUGCAUGUAUAACAUGGGAGAAAGUUAAAAUGGCUUCUGGAAAUGGAGAUAAAAAGAAUUCUGAAGAUAUCAGGGGAUUCAGGCACUUCACAUUAUUCAUCGCACCCUAAAUACUUCUGCUUUUCAUACCCGAGGUCAUUCUCACUUCCACUUUCUUGUGCCCUUUUUACAGUGAGGUUUCACUGCAAAACUUCAAUGUUUUGCUUCUGAAGGUAAACAAUUGUCCUCUAACUUUCCUCCCUCGGCCAUUCCUUAGUCCAGCUGUAUUAACUGCAGCAGUCAUCUUCAGUUUUGUACAUUCCUACAAUAAACCCACGGCCCAGCUCAUUUGCUCCUUCACAGGAGAUGGGAAAGGGGAGGGGUCACAUAAUGAGCCUCGACCUCACGAGACCCAGUGCUCACCAGUGAACAGCUUGAAGUGGCAGCACAAUUUCCUGAGGAGAAGGGAGCAGUGAAUAUCAGUGAAAACAAGGGAGUACAGAUAACGUGUCUAUUGAAGUAUUCAGCACCAGGCAAAGUCAAGUGGCAAAUAUUCAGACGUCCGAUAAAUCCAAUGUAGCGCUCGUAUAUUCUUUUGCCAUUAUUGAAUCUAUGAAACCCCAGUGUUAAAUGUUCAUUCAUGCAUCCUCAAUCCAAGUUCCUCCUUCAGCUGGGAGGAGGUAGAGUCUAGACAAGGAGAGAAACUAGUUGUUGGCCGCUAGCACUGGUUGAGCACUGCGGUAUCCGUAUGCUGAGCUCCCCUCAUCAAGAUUGAUAUCAGACACCGAAACAACAGGCGUCCACUUAAUGCCAGACUAUGUUUUUCAUUUCAGUGCCACAGGUAACAAGACAAAGAUGUAUUUCCAAGCAAUAGAGCUAUGCUGCUAAUCUCUGCCCCCCCCCCC